AUGUUAAACCUGUGGAAAGGUUUAAACACAUAUACCAAUAAAAGGAUUAGACAUCAAUAUAUUAUUACAAAUGAGAUAUUAAUAAAAAAAAAGCAGACAAGAAAUAAUCACAAUUUUAAUAUAUCAUUAGAAAAAGGAUGGGAAAGAAAAUUAUGUAAGAAUAUAAUAAAUUAUAAGGAUGUAGUUUUAAAAAAGAUGGAGAUGAAAAUAAGUAUGUCAUCGAUGAAUAUUAGAAAGUGUAAUAUGUUAAAUAAUAUAAAUAUAUUAUAUAAUAAUCUAAACAAAUAUGUAAAUAUAUAUAUGAAUAAUAAAAUAAAAUGUUUUAAUCAUAUGAAUGGUACACGUCAUCAUUAUAGUAGUAAAAAAUUAAAUAUUAUAGAUCCUGAAAAAAUUAGGAAUGUUGCUAUUAUAGCUCAUGUAGAUCAUGGUAAAACUACUCUUGUUGAUAAAUUAUUAAAACAAGGAGGUGAAAUUACAAAUAAUGAUAGAGUAAUGGAUCAUAAUGAUUUAGAAAGAGAAAGAGGUAUAACUAUAAUGUCUAAAGUGACAAGAAUAAAAUAUGAUGAUUAUUAUUUUAAUAUUGUAGAUACCCCUGGACAUUCUGAUUUUGGUGGAGAAGUUGAAAGAGUAUUAAAUUUAAUUGAUGGAGUAUGUUUAAUUAUAGAUGUAGUCGAAGGACCUAAGAAUCAAACCAAAUUUGUUUUAAAAAAAUCAUUAUUAAAUCCUUCAUGUAAAAUUAUUGUUAUUAUGAAUAAAUUUGAUAAGCCAAGUAAUAUGAAAAAAAAAGAAGAAAUAGAAAAUGAAAUUUUUGAUCUCUUUGUUGAUUUAAAUGCUCCUGAAGAAUUAAUGAAUUAUCCUAUUUUAUAUGCAUCCGCAAAAAAUGGAUGGUGUACAGAUAAUUUUGAGGAGGCUAAACAAAAUAAUACUGAAAAAAAUGAUGUAUUAGUUAUAUUUAAAAAGAUAAUAGAAUAUAUUGAUUCACCCGUUCAUUUGUCAAAAAAUAAUAAGCUUCUUGAAGAUAAAAGUACAAACCAUUUGAUGGAUGAAAAGGAUAAUAGGAAUGAAAAUUCGGAGCAUUCAGAAAAAGUAUUUAGAGAGGAAAAAAAAAAGGACUAUAUACAAAAUGAUGAAACUGAUAAAAUAGAGGAUAUCUUACAAGUUGAUAAAAAGAUGGCAUCAAUCUCAAAUAAUAAUAAUAACAACCAUAUGUAUAACAGUUCUUUAGAUUUAUCUUCUCAAUCCAUUAACAAAAAAAAUGAGAAAGAUAAAAUUAUGACAGAUCUUAUUCUGAAGGAACCUUUUUGUAUGCUUGUCAGCUUAAUAGACCAUCAAGAAGGAGUUGGAGUUACUGUGACAGGCAAAAUUUUUAAAGGUGUUAUAAAAAAAGGAGAUAGUAUUAUUGUAAAAAGUGAAGAAAAUAAAUUAAGAGGACAUUGUGUUAUUAAGAAUAUUUUUUAUAUGAAAGGUCUAAAAAUUGAAAAUGUACCUUUUGCAAGUGCAGGAGAUAUAGUUAAUAUAUCUAUUGCUAAAGGUGUUACACCAUCAGUGAAUGAUACUAUAACAUCUGAUGAAAAUAUGGAAAGCUUAAAAACUAGACCAAUAGACCCUCCAGUUCUAUGCCUAAAAAUAUCACAAAAUACAAGUCCUUUAACAGGCAAAGAUGGGAAGCAUAUUACAUUAUCAUCUAUAGGUAAUAGACUUAAGAAAGAAGCAGCAAUAAAUAUAGCUAUAGAAAUAAGCGAAUCUGAAAAAAAAGAUAGUUAUGAAGUUAAAGGAAGAGGUGAAUUACAAUUAGGUAUUCUUAUAGAAAAAUUAAGAAGAGAAGGUUAUGAAAUGACAAUAUCAUCACCAAAUGUUAUAUAUACUAAAGAUGAGAAAGGGAAUUUAUUAGAACCUAUUGAAGAAUAUCAUAUUACAAUACCAUCAUCAAUGACUUCAAAUGUUAUUGAAAAAUUAAAUACAAGAAAAGCAGAAAUUGUAGAUAUUAUAAAUGAUGACGAUGAUAAUACAUUUAUCAAAUGUAUAUGUCCAUCAAGAAAUUUUUUUGGUAUGAGAUCUUAUUUAAGAGAUAUAAGUAAAGGGACUUCUAUAAUCAAUUCUGAAUUAAAAGAAUAUAAAAAAAAACAACCAUCAUAUAAACGAGAUCGUAAUGGAGUUAUUAUUUCAUCAUCAAGUGGAACAACAACAGCUUUCUCAUUAGAUCCUAUUCAACAAAAAGGUAAUUUAUUUGUAAAUGAAAAUUAUCCAACAUAUGAAGGUAUGAUUAUUGGGGAACAUUUUUUAAGUAAUGAUAUUGAAAUGAAUGCUAUAAAAAUAAAACCUGUUCAACAUUUGAGAAAUAAAGGACAUGAAGAUACAAUAAGAAUUAAUCAUAAAAAUAUUACUAUUGAAUAUGCACUCUCAUUUAUUCAAGAUGAUGAAGAAAUAGAGGUAACACCUAAAAGGAUCGUCAUGCGUAAAAAAAUAUUGAAUACUGAACAGAGAAAAACAGCAAACAGGAAGGCAAAGCAUGGGUGA